UAAAACGCGAUUAUUUUAUUAUAAAAGGGGUUUAUAUUUCAAAAAUAUUUAACAUGUAUAGACUUGUUAAAAUAGAUGCAUCUGCUAAUAUCUACAUUCCCACGAAAACCUUAGAACCACCCCAAAGCUGCUUUUAAAUGGCGUAAUAUAAUCUCGUCUAAUUAAAUUUUAAUGGCUAUUUUCAAAUUGUAAAAACCCGACUGCUUUAUUAUAAAUUAGAUAAUUAGUAUAUGACAUCUGUUAAUAUAUACUUUUCCCACAAAAAUCUUAAAACCAUCCUAGAUAGUUUUAAAAAUAGAAAAAUCUAAGCUAAUUAAAAUUUAGGGCUAAAACGAAAACGCCUCUUAAAUAAUAAGAUCGCCCAUAUUAUGUAACUUUUCAAACACGCCCUUGACGUUUGUAAUCUGAUAUAUGCCCAAUUAAAAUUUUAUGGCUAAAACGAAAACUUAUGGAAUGCGUCUAUAGGUCUUUGUCUAAAUCAUGUUUUUAAAACUACACGUUAGUAUUGCUGAAAUUUUAUUAUACCCCCACUAUAUUAGUGUGAGAUUCCCUAAAGUGUAGACAAUUCAGUUUUAUUUGUGUUCUGAAGCUUGAACGGUGCUGUAUACCAAAAUUAAUACCUAGUUUAUCAAAUUUUAAAAAAAAGUGUAAGUAACAAUGGGUUCUCAAGAAUAUAAAAAUAUUAUUUUGGAAGAGGAGUACGACCGUGUAAUUCCACGAUUUAAUAUUACGGCUCGUAGGAUGGUGUUCUCCUUUAGAACUUACACUGGAAGUCAGACUCCAAUCGAGUUUAUAGAGGUAAAUAUUCUUUUUAAAUAUAUGUUUAAUUAUUUAUGUUGUUAUUUUAUAGUUUUAAAUUAACACUUAUACAGUGGGUUCAAUUUAAAUAAACACUCAGUCAAUAUUUUUUUAAAUUCCUGUUUUUUAUAAUAAUAAUAAUAAUAUAUUUUUAUUUUUAGGACGGUUUAAACUCGCUACUAGAUAGAGGCAUGAGGGACUUCAACGAUGACGAUAGAGUUGGAAUUGUGUUUACCAACGCAGAGUUUCCAGAUCGUCCAUUGGCAAUUAGUAUAAGAAAAAGGAGCCAAAUAACUGCCUCAGUUAUUUUGGAUACUCUCGGCAGGGUCCUACAAAGCAACGCUAGUUUUUUCACAAAUAACCGACUAACUCUAGCAAUCGAUCGGGUUCUGUUACCGGUGGGACGUGGAAGGACUGCUCUGAAGGGCGACACGUACGAACAAUUCUGCAAAAAUAAGAGAGGUAUCGUAGUUGUUAAUAAUAAGGACAAUCAUUGUCUAGCCUAUGCUUUAGCCUUGGGUAUAGCCUAUCAUAAAGACAAAGCCGAUUUUAAAAAACUUAAAUUAAAACCUAUUCUUUUAAAAGUACGCGGUAGAGAGUUAUGUAGGGCUUUUGACGUGAAUCUCUCAAAUGGAGGGAGUCUUGAACAUGUUAAACGUUUUCAAGAUAAUUUAGAAGAUUUUACGAUUGUUGUGUACAAUAACAGAGGGGGGUCUGAAACAUAUUUUGAAGGGCCUAGAAAUGAAACGCGAAAAACAAUAAAUUUAAUUUUAGAAAACAAUCAUUAUAAUUUAAUACUAAGUUUAACAGCAGCAUUCUCUUCUGCAUACUUCUGCGAUUUAUGUAAAAAACGGUUUAGUAAUAAAGAAAAACAUGUUAAAUGUCCCUAUACGUGCCCUAACUGUCAUAGUACGCCUCCAUGUACGUCCGAGGUAGAGGAGAUAACCUGUGAAGAUUGCCAUAGGACAUUUAAAGGUAUCGCGUGUUUAAAUACACAUAAGGACAAACUUUGUUCAAAAUUACAUAGAUGUUUGACCUGUUUAAAUAGUUACUGGACUAAGGAUAACCAUAAAUGCGGAUACAAAUACUGUCCUACGUGUUUAUGUGUGAAACCUGUUCGUCAUAAUUGUUAUAUGCAACCAAAUCGCAUAAGUGAUAAAGUUAAAAAAUCGCUCGAGACCGAUUUUUUGUUUGUCUUUUAUGAUUUUGAAUGUAUGCAGGAAAAAGAAUUAUCCAGUAAUAUAUUUUUACAUGAACCAAACUUAUGUGUAGUACAGCAAGUUUGUUCUAAUUGUAUAACGGUUGAUAACAUCGAUUUAGAUUGCAAUAAGUGUGGCAAACGAAAACAUAUUUUUUCAGAAGAUCCUGUCGGGUCACUUUUAAAUUUUCUACACGAAUUCGAAAAGAAAAAGUUUAAUGUUUUUGCUCUGGCACACAAUUUGAAGUCUUACGACGGAUGUUUUAUAACAAAACAUGUUUUUAAAGAUGUAAACAGGUGGAACCCUACCAUUAUUAGAAAUGGGUGUAAAUUUGUUUCUAUAACUUGCAAUAAAAUUAAAUUUAUUGAUAGCUUAAAUUAUAUGCCACUGCCUCUAAAUAAACUUCCAAAUGCAUUUAAAUUUGACGAAGUGAAGGGAUAUUUCCCGCAUUUAUUUAAUAGACGCGAAAAUAGUGAUUAUGUAGGUUCUUUACCUGAUCCCUCUUUUUAUAUGCCCGAUUCAAUGACAUUAGACGCUCGAAAUAAAUUUUUCGAAUGGUAUAAUAAGCAAAUAUCGAAUAAGGUUGUAUUUAAUUUUAAAAAUGAAUUAAUUAAAUACUGCAUCUUAGAUGUGGAUAUUUUACGGAAGUCGUGCAUUAAAUUUCGCGAGUGUUUUAUUAAAGUUACAAAUAUUGAUCCUUUCCAAGAGGCCACAACAAUAGCUAGUGUAUGCAAUAAAGUAUUUAGGCGCAAUUUUCUGCAACCUGAAACCAUAGGAAUUAUUCCUCCUAAGGGUUACAGAAUGACAGACAAUUGCUCUGAAAUUGCUCUUAAGUGGUUAUGUUGGAAAGAAUCUUUAUUUCCCGAUAUUAUUCAUGCCGGUAACGGUCAAGAGAUUAGACUUAAAGAAAAUCUCACAGUUGAUGGUUUUUGUGCGACAACAAAUACAGUUUUCGAAUUUGAUGGCUGCUACUUUCAUGGAUGUGAAAAAUGCUAUCCGCAUCAAACAACAUCUUUUCAAAACACGACAGAUAAAAACGAUUCAAUGUUUACAAGACGCGAUAAAACUAUAGCGAAACAUCAAAGAAUUAGAAAUGCCGGGUAUAAUUUUGUAACGAUUAGAGAGUGUGAUUUUAAAGAGAUGUUGAGAAAUGAUGCGGAAUUAAGAGAUGCUGUUAAUAAUAAUUUUAAAUAUUCACAUUUGCCAUUGAAUCCGAGAGACAGUUUUUUUGGUGGUCGUACGAAUGCUAUAAAAUUGUACCAUAAAAUAUCAAACGACGAUGAGAGCAUUCUUUACUUCGAUAUAUGCAGUUUAUACCCCUUUAUAAAUAAAUAUAAAAAAUAUCCCAUUGGUCAUCCUAAAAUUCAUAUCGGCAAUGAAGCGUGCAGGAAAUUACCUCUGGAUACGGUAGAAGGUCUUAUUAAAUGUACUGUGUUGCCACCUAGACAUUUGUAUCAUCCUGUUCUACCGUAUAAAUGUAACGGUAAAUUAAUGUUUCCCUUAUGUAAAGCUUGUGUAGAAUCAUUGAACCAGGAACAAUGUUUGCAUACAGAAGAGGAACGUCAAUUUACAGGUACAUUCGUUGUCGAUGAAUUAAGGAAAGCGAUUUCUUUAAAUUAUAAAAUCUUGGAAAUUUAUGAGGUAUGGGAGUAUAAAGUUAAGCAAUUCGAUAAAGAUACUAAGUCGGGAGGCCUAUUUUCAAAAUAUGUUGAUACGUUUUUGAAAAUAAAGCAGGAAUGCAGCGACUGGCCUAAAUGGUGCAAAACAGAUGAGGAUAAAAUCUCAUAUAUUGUAUCCUAUUUAGAACGUGAAGGCAUUAAAUUAGAUGAGUCCGAAAUAUGUCAUAACGCGGGUUUGAGAUUUAUUGCCAAAUUAAUGCUAAAUAGUUUCUGGGGUAAGUUCGGUCAGAGAGCAAAUUUGAUGCAAACCGCAGUAAUCACUAAACCCUUUGAGCUAUUUACCAUGUUAACUGACCCUUCUGUUAUUGUUAACAAUAUGGUGAUUGUUAGUGAGGAAAUGCUUCUUAUAUGUUGGACUAAACAUGAAGACGCUAUUUUACCAUUAAACACCGUUAAUGUUGCUAUAGCAGCGUAUACCACGGCUAUGGCGCGAUUGGAGCUUUACUCAUAUUUAGAAAAACUUGGUAAACGAGUACUUUACUUUGACACAGAUAGUGUUAUAUUUACGUAUAAAAAGGGUGAAUGGAAACCCGAGGUAGGUGACUAUUUAGGUAUGUUAACAGAUGAAGUAGCUGAAUACGGUCCUGGCAGUAAAAUUACGGAGUUUGUUAGCGGAGGGCCUAAAAAUUACGCCUACAAAGUUUAUAUUGCGAGUACAAAAGAAUAUAAGACUAUUUGCAAAGUAAAGGGUAUAACUCUUAAUGCAUUAAAUAGUGAAUCCGUUAACUUUGAACAAUUAAAAGCCAUGGUAUGCGAUAAUGCGGAACCAAUAUAUGUCCACAAUAAUCGUAAAAUCUGUAUUACGGCCGACUAUGAUGUUAUAUCGCGACCCGAAUCAAAGAUAUAUAGGAUUGGAUAUACAAAACGGCGAAGGAUAGAGAACAACUACGAUACCUUACCGUACGGGUUCCUAGAGGUUGUCAAUGAAGAGAGUGAGUUGAACAUGAAUGAUCCUUCAAAAGAUGAGAGCGAAUACAGAGAAAUGGAUGAAAAAAUUCCAUUUUAUAUGGAUGGGUGGACAUUAUAA